AUGCAUUCCUUAACAGAUUUUCGAAGCACUGAGAACAAUCGGAACAAAUUAGUGCCAUGCUAUUCGUUACCAGUAUCACAGUAUUUAUCGUCUCCAUCACAAUCUACCCAACACCAACAACUUAAACACCACUAUCAUCAACAACAGCAGCAGCAGCAACAAGAAAAACAACAACAACAACAAGAAGAAAAACAACAACCACAACAACAACUAAAUGUUCAAGCAGCUGAUUCUAAUGAAGUUUCUUUCUUUUUUUUGGCUCAGAUAUGUCCAGCUGUUAUUGCUAUCCACAGCUACUUGUUCCUCCUUGUUUCGUUGUCGUUGUCAAUGUCGUCGUUUGAAAGUAUUUCUGCGGAUAGAUCGCUGAUGUCACAAUCGUUACCAAAUCAUCAUUCAAUUCCCAGUAUACCAACGCCAGCAGAAACAGUUUACCGAUAUUCACCGACAAUGGCAAAUUGUCCUAACUGUCACGAAUAUGUGUUCACUGUGGUUCGUCUACACCCCGGAUCAUUAACUUGGCUUUUAAGUGCACUACUUUGUUUACUUGGAAACAGUUACAUAGACGAGCACUUCUGCUAUUCAACCACAGAAAAUCUAGAUGAGAAGCCUCCUGUUGUUGUUGUUGUGUUAUACCAUUCUGCAUCAAAGAUUGUCAGGAUGCUGAACAUACCUGUCCAAACUGUAAGACAGUACUUGGGAAAUACAAACUUUGGCCAGCCAUUUUAUUGUAUACAUUAA